GUGUGUGUGUGUGUGUGUGCCGGUGUGCACGAGCCGCACAACGUCCCAGCAUCACCUGCACUCUGAGCUGCUAACUCCACUUGAUGAAGCCGACACGGUCUGGUCAGGAGAAGGAGUUAUGAACGAGUUCCGGCCUCGGUUCUGAGCACAGUCCGGGUACCCAUCGUCCGCUGAGAGGGUCUCACAUGGAAGCAGGUCUGCCGAGGCCCAACUGAGCUUCAGCUGGAACUGGAGACCUGGUGGAAGGAAGGGCCCGUGAAGUAAAGGACGCUUUUUUUWUUUUUUUUUUUGCAGAUUGAGCGUUUAGCAUCUGCUGGUGCAAACAUGAAUCCCAUGUGGAAGGUUUAUAAAAGCAAAGUGAUGAAGACUCUAAACCCUGAGUAUGAGGAGGACACUACUGAGGAGGUCACAGAAGGGGAGGUUGACAUGAGUCCAAUGCAGGAUUAUGAAGGACCCAACUCUGUGAGCCAACUGGCCAAAAAAAUGCAGGGGGCCGGGACUAAAAGCUGGAACAAACUCUCAGCUCUUUUCAACAAAGAAGACGAGCAUCAGCUUCUGGAGGAGACCGAGAGUCCGCCGGUGGCUGACCAUCCACUUGCAGUGAAACCAGAAGAACCUCCUCAGCCCAGCAGACGCUCAGGAUUCUGGGACAGCUUCGCAACCAACUGGGCCGCUAAGAAACAGGCCGAAGCUGCUGCUGCAGGAGGCCAGGAGGCAGCAGAGCAGGGCGAGGCGGGGGUGACAGAGGCUGGCGGAGGGGAGGAACAGCAGGACGGGCAGAUCAACCAGGGCGGGGAGAACGAAGRGGGAGGCGGCAGCAACAACAGGUUCUCGAAGUACGUGUCUCUGGGAGGAGGAGGCGGYGAGGACGCUUCCUUCAAGUGGAACUUUGUCACCAACAAACUGGCAGAGCUGAAGACCAAGAGCGUGACGAAGACCAACUAGGUGUGGAGGACAUGAAAAGAAAGAAAAUUAUGCAGGAACAUUGAUUGUUGUGUAUUUUACAAAAAGGGCUAAAUACUUGUAAUAAAAGACAGUUAUGGUAAAUAAUAAAUUGUUUUGUUGUGGUUAAAGGUACUCAGCAUAUUUGUCAUCCUGCAGGAAAACUCAGCGUUGUUGCUGGUUUACAGGUUCAAAUCAGAGUUUGAUUUCCUCAAAGUGCUUCUUAAACCACAAAAAGUGGCCUUAAUACUUUUCAACAAACUUGGGUUAAUCUGUAGUUUAGAAAAAAACUGGAUUAAAAGAUUAAAGGCAGUGAUAUCUGGAUUAGACGAGGAUUAGCUCACUUGACUUGUUCGGAAUCAGUGGAUUAAGGUUCAGAGGUUCUGCAGAGUGACAAAAGCUUUACACGAUUGUCUACAAAUGAAGAUUUUUCUCAAGAAAAGAAAAAAAAGUGGAAAAGUUUAACUUUGAAUGUGUGUUUGAGUUCAUGUUUUAUUUUCUGAUUGUGACUGAGACCAAAAUGUGCAAUGAGUGGAUAUUUUAUUGUGAUAAAAAAGUAACAACAUUCUUAUUUUCAGUUGUCUGUUUUUUGCCUUUUGACUGGUUUAUUCUGUUGUUUUGUUCUGAUAAAAAUGAAUA